GUGCUCCCUUUCGGGAGAGCCUGGCCUGCUGCUUUUCUGCUUCCCUCCAUCUUGGAUCUCGUCCGGUGACCAUUCUAAAGCAGGUCGAGCCGCACUCGCAAAUAUUCUAACGGACCUGAACACGGCAUACCAUCAAACAGCACAUUGACAUAGUGUUUUAGUUGACGUGAGGGUUCGGUAUUGGUGAUCGGUGAUUAAUCAACUAUGGCGAGAUCUCUGUUGCAUUGCAUGGGCAUCACAAUAUUGCUUUUUGUGCUGACUCUCGGCGUCCAAAGCCAGCUGGAUCCGUCUGACCUUGAUGAAGCAUUUUUUCAACAGCUACUCGAUGAGAUAGUUGUGAGCGAAAAGACAGCUCAUCUCCAAGAGGCAUUAGUCGAUGAGGCUCGUCAGAAGCAGGAAAGUGCCAGGCAGGCGGAAGAAACUGAUUUAGAAGAUUCUGAAAAAAUGGUUCGAUACCGCAAGGAGGGCCAAAUCUCUGUUUAUAAUUACGGGCCGUCAAUCAGAGAUCAAGAAUACUUAGAACACAGUUCACUUUGGGGCCAUCAGUACGUGGCAGGAGGUGCCGGCGAGGGAGCCCAACGUCUAAAGCCCGACGGGAGCGGUCGCAACGUCCAAGUAGUGAAGAGUGACGCUGUUUUGCCUGCCUACUGUAAUCCGCCAAAUCCAUGCCCUGUCGGCUAUACUGAUGACGACGGGUGCCUCGAACAAUUCGAGAAUACGGCAGCGUUUAGUCGAUCGUACCAAGCGCAGCAGGAAUGCAUGUGCGAUUCGGAGCAUAUGUUUGAUUGUCCUGGGGCGACCAAGGACGAUGAAGUGAAUACGCUCGCCCGUCAAAUAUCUAACGAAGGACUCAUGGAAAGCGCACUUGACAGGAUAGCUCACCACUUUGAUGACGCAACUGGCACUAACGCUGUUGAUGCAAAUUCCGUUCCUGUCGAAGGACAGCACAAAUCGCUGGUGGCAAAGAAGUUCUUCAAUAAGAAAACACAUGCCGACUACACUAAAUCGUUAUCCGACAAAAACCGCAAGGACGGAAAUGAGCAAUUGAAGAUUGGACAUUACCAAAAAAGGGUUCGCCGUCAAACAGUGGGGACACGUAUUAUGAAAAAAGUGAAUGAUACAAAUAGGACCGAAACAACAGCACAGAAGCCAAACUACACGUCAAAACUGGAGAUCAACCCCUAUCUGCAAGGAGAAAAACUGCCUGUGGUUGCUAAAAAAGGUUAAGGCCAAAACCAAGACCUCUGGGAUCAACUGGAGAAGAAGAAGACCUUCUAUAGUACAGCAUGUCUCAAAUAAGCAGCAUACAGAUAUCAAAAAUCCCCUCACAAGCCAAAAACUUAUAUGAAUCCUGUUGACAGACCUAAAAGAAGGUGCUUGAGGUAUUCCAGAAGAUUCAAAUCUGUAUAUACUAUGGGCUCGAAUAUGUUUACUAACAUUAAUAUGAUAGAUAACAAUAAAAAGGCUAUCAUGUUAUUGCUGAAAAAAUUCAAUACCACGGUAAAACAAAUUCGAAAUAGAGAAAAUUGGAUGAUUCCUAAGUAGAAAAUGGGUUACAGGCGACAUUCCCGCCGUCUAUGUGAAUUAGAACACCAGCAAGGUGGUCUGGAUUUCUCGAUGCCACUAUACAAAACUUCUUUUGUUUAUUUAUUUACAUUUGUCGUGUAGCAUACGUAAUUGGCGAAGGUUGAACCAGCGACUCCCAAUGCGACUACACAAAUAGUUACAACUAAUUCGCUAAGAAGGUGUUUCGGAGAGAAUUGCCGUUAGAACCGGCCAACCAUCUCGACAAGUACAUGUCUUAUAAAAUUUCGUUGAAUCGAAUAGUGGUCAAAUUCUCAUCUAAACGUAAUUAACUACAUAUCUUUCAUAUUCACAUAACUUUAUCUAAAUUUGCGAUGCUGAACUGAUUUGUCGGUAAUACUACAACGAUAUUGAACAUCUGUAUUUAUCGAGAUUCAUUUAGGUAAGUCUUGAUGAGCACCCAACUCAUGGUGUGUCCUCGUCAUUUUUGCAAAUAUUAGUAUAAAAAAAAAGGUAAUUUUAGAUAUAAUUUCCUCUAGGACUUUAAGAUUUUAAGUUUUAUAUACAGUAUUGCUGUUUAGCGUUGCCUGAGACGGCUGAUUCUCAAUACGAGACGAAAUAUAUCUGCGCCCGGUUUUAAACCUAGACCACUUUAUGUGCCCCCCAAAGCUUAGUAGGCGAAUACAUUAUUAUGACACUCUUACGGACAGUUCUUUAGGGCCCGCCUGGGUUCAUCUCGCCAGUAAAGGCUCUAAGUGCUUUUUUACGUGAAAUAAAAUACUUCUCAAUUUGAAACUCAAAGCGCUGUAAUUUUUUCCUCUGAAAUGUAUUGUUUUUGCCAAAUAUAUAUAUAUCACGUAAAAAGGCACCUGGGAUGGGUCAUACGAACAGUAUAACGAAACCUAAUUGCUAGUAUUUGCUUUCUGAGCCAUUUAUUUAAAGUCACAGUUACGUUUAAUCCUAAAUGGUACCGGAACGAAUUUAGCCUAAUUUCUUUUAAAUUAUAUUUAUAGACAUAGCUAGAUAUGGUCCACUUAAAAUGUACGCGGUAGUGACAAUGUUGCUAUCUAGCUUUUUAGGUCACUUAGUAUAUAUUCAUAUUGCGCUACAGUAUUGAUACCGUUAUACUGUGAUAUGAAAAUAGUCUAUUGCAUAGCGGAACCCAUGGUCCUUACUAGACAAAGUGUAAUACUAAUCUAAAUGUAUUGUUUGUAGAGUUUUACAUAUAUAUAUAUAUAUAUAUAUAUAUAUAUAAGGGCUCUUCGUUUCUUGCUCUUGUUAGAUGUGUUACGUAUUAGCAAAUUUCAUACGACGAUUAGAAAAAUAAAU